CCAAACAAAAGUCUUCAUCAAUAUGGUAUAUUUUAUUAUUCAAGAAAAAAGUCAACAAAUAAAUUGCAUUUGUAUGUUUUAUUAACCCUAACAAUUUCAAUUUCAAUUGAUAUAAACAAGGUCUUUGGCUGGAUUUGAACCUGCAUGUUGGUGAGUACCGACAACAGGAAACAGUGUAAUAUAAAUGCAUGAUUAUCCAGCAUAUAUAAACUUGUAUCACCAAGCAAACAUUAGGAAAGAAGUCUCUCUGUAAGUCAUUUCCCUAUUUCUCUCUCUCUCUCUCUCUCUUUCCUUUGUCCCCCUUUUCUUUCCUUCUUCCACCUCUUUAAUGGACUAUUUUUGGCCAGCUUAUGCUCUGUGAGUAAUUGCAGUGGCUCAUUUUCCCAAGGAUUUUUUUCUCCAUUCUGUCACCUGAUGGAGUUCGGGUUCCUUGCCACUGUCGCCUCUUUAUUGGAAACAUUUAAUAUACAAUAAUAAUAAUGAUCUGACUGUACUGACGCUGUUGUAUGAGAACAGAGCUGAGCUGGAUGAUGAUAUUUUUGCAGAACUGCUGUAUAGAUUAAAUGAACUAAUUUAAUAAUUGAUGAUCUUUACAAUGGAAUUGAAUCAAUACAAAACUGACUUCAGCUGAACAGCCGAAAUGCAUCAUGUUCCUGUUAUCACUGUAAAGCUGCUUUGAAACAGUCUGUAUUGUAUAAAGCACUAAAUAAAUAAAGCUGACCUGAGGGUCAUUUUAUAAACGUUCAUUGGAACUAUAAAUAUAUUGCAUGCAAAAGGACUCUUAUUUUGAAAGAGCAACAGACUGACUUCAUUUUUGAGGAAGUGCCCCAUCUGCAUCACACAGUUCAAUGACAGGAGAUCACCGGGAACUGCACGUGCCUGUGUUCCUGCUAGGUAUUUUUAUAAUAGCUCAAUAAUAGCACAGAUAUUUACAUGUGAGAUACUUGUUUUCCUUUUGACUAUAUAAAUAUUUAUUUAUUUAUUUAAAAAAUGAAUGAAACUAUGAGGCGAGGAGGUUGCACACGCACUCUUGCAUUAACUGUGUGCUUUGCAGCCAUUGGUGGCACUUUUCAGUAUGGCUACAAUAUUUCAAUCAUUAAUGCACCCACAUCUUAUGUGCAGAAGUUCAUUAAUGAGACCUGUAUGAAGAGAUGGGGAACAGUUCUUGAGCCUAGUCAGGUGACACUGAUAUGGACCUUUAUUGUUUCCACUUACUCACUCGGUGGACUUUUGGGAUCCCUUCUUGCUGGCCCAAUGUCUAUUAAGUUUGGACGGAAGGGUGCCCUGCUGCUGAACAAUGUCUUCCUUUUUCUGAGCGCAGUCCUGGCUCUGAGCAGUCGCUCAGCUGCUUCCUUUGAGAUGAUCAUCCUUGCACGUCUGUUUGUGGGGGUCAAUGCUGGUGUUAGUAUGAACGUCCAGCCCAUGUACUUUGGAGAGAGUGCACCGAAAAACAUGAGAGGUGCUGUUGCCUUUUCUUCUGCUGUUUUCACUGCUCUAGGGAUCCUGAUGGGCCAGAUAACGGGUCUGACUGAAGUUUUAGGGAGUGAGUCUCUCUGGCCGUAUCUACUGGCAAGCAGUGCUCUCCCCGGACUAGUGCAGCUGAUCACCUUGCCCUGGUUUCCAGAGAGCCCGCGUUACUUGCUCAUCGACCGAGGGGACAGAGAAGCAUGCAGUCAGGCCCUGAAACGCCUCAGAGCGUGCAGCGUUUUUACUGAUGAGAUGGAAGAGAUUCUCCAGGAGCGGGCAGAAGCAGGUGAAGCCCAUGCCAAGACACUGUGGGAACUUCUCAGAGACCGAAGUCUUCGCAGGCAGCUCUACACUGUAAUGGCUGCCAGCAGUGCCAUGAUGUUGUGUGGAAAUGAUUCCAUUUACUUCUAUGCAUCCUAUAUCUUUCAGGAAGCUGGUAUUCCAACAGACAAGAUUCAGUAUGUCACAAUCGGGACAGGUGCCUGCGAGUUCACUUCCGCUUUGGCCUGUAAUCUGCUGAUUGAGCGCGUUGGCCGCAGGUUACUUCUCGCUGGUGGGUAUCUGCUCAUGGCUUGCUGGGCGGUGGUCUUCACUGUUGCUCUUUCACUGGAGGGCAAAGUGGAUGGCAUACCCUACCUGAGUAUGACCUGCGUGUUUGCCUACAUCUUGAGUUUUGGCAUGGGUCCCGCAGGAGUCACCGGGAUCCUUCCUGCUGAGCUCUUUGACCAACUGGCACGUCCCGCAGCUUACAUGGUUGCCGGUUCCAUGAUGUGGCUUAACCUCUUCUUAGUAGGAAUGGCAUUUCCAUUCAUAGUUAAUGGCCUGGGACAGUUCUGCUUCAUCCCCUUCUGCGGUGUUUGUGUGACUGCGUGUCUUUUUAUCAGUUUCACUUUACCUGAAACCAAAGGGAGGACACCAGCAGAGAUCAACGAGGAGUGGAAUAAGAAAGGCACAGCUAAUGGAAAUCCUAAAUAUAGUCAACAAUCUCAAAGUCUGACUGAUCCAUCAGAAUGCAUAGAGAUUGAGAAGAUCUGAGAGAAAUCUGGCUGAUUGUGUUGCUACUGUAUAUUCUGCUUUUAUUUUUAUCAGUUUGACUCUGUAAUUGUUUUCCAACUUGUUUAUAUUUUGACACUCAUAUUAAUUUAUUCAUAAUUUGUUCAAAAUAAAUAAAUGGCAAAAGUUUUUCAAAACUAUAUGAAAAAUACAAAUUGAUCUAUAAUUAUUGUUUCUUCUGUUUUUACAUCAAGGUAAUGUCAUUGUCCCUAACUCUUUCUUAAUGUUUUUUUACUUUCUGACAAAAAAAAAAAAAAAAAAAAAAAAAAAUUGCACUUUACCUUAUUUAAUCAACCAGGGUAACAAAGUUAGAUUUUAUAUUAUUUUAACCAUUAUUACUUAUUCUAUCAGUCUUUCCCCUUCCUCCUUCCUAUUUGACUGUUUAAAUUCAGCUAGGAAAUAUAAUAUGUGUUAUAAAACAAUUGUUAUUUAAAAAAGGUGCAUGUUGGAAAUUUAUGUAGAACUGCUGUUUGAAUCUCCUUAUCAGAGAUUUUUUUUAUACUAUUUCCCAGAAUACUUGAAUCUUCAUGCCUGCAAAAGUGAAAAGCAAUUUGCACUUAUGUAUUUUACCUCAUUCAGUGUUUCACAGUGUGAUGUUGUACAUUAUUUAUAAAAGAGUUACUUAUUUUGAAAGCAACACCCAAAGAGCAGUUCAUCAUAUUGCUCUGCUGUCUUGUAUUUGUCAGAGAUUUGUCUAAGAGCCUGCAAGUUAUUUGAUUGCUGUACCAGCAGAUGGCACUAUAUCACCAUCAUUGUUUUCUUCUGUCUGCAUUGUUUGUCUUCUCAGUUAACCAAAACAAGAUUAUUUACAGCAUGUUAUUGCAUUUAGGUAAGGGAUGUAAAGGAAGACAAUCAGUAUCAACACUAAAUAACCUUCAUGUGUGCCUUAGAGUUUCACAUAUUUGCUGCCUACUAAUCUGCCUAUAUAACCUCCAAAGUACUAACAUAUAUUAAACAAAAUGAAAUGGAAUAUUCUAUUCAAAUGUAUUGAAUUGUAUGAUGAUUAAACAUUUGUCCUAAUUCUUA